GAAAAAGUAGGAAUUGCAUGAGUUGAAGAUAACAUAUACAAAGAUGGCAAUGACAUCAUCAUCAUCAUCUUCAAACUUGCCGCCAUGCGCAGCAUGCAAGUUUUUGCGGCGAAAGUGCCUGCCAGAGUGUGUAUUUGCUCCAUACUUCCCAGCAGAGCAUCCACAAAAAUUCGCAAACGUUCACAAAGUGUUCGGAGCCAGCAAUGUCACUAAACUUCUCAAUGAGUUACAGCCUCACCAGCGCGAAGAUGCAGUCAAUUCUCUCGCAUACGAGGCUGACAUGCGCCUCCGUGACCCCGUCUACGGUUGCGUCGGAGUCAUCUCCCUCCUCCAGCACCAACUCCUCCAACUCCAAAUCGACCUUACUUGUGCCAAAUCCGAGCUCUCCAAAUACCACCACCACCAAAACUUAGGGUUUACUGGUGGUGGUGGUAGUAGCGGUGAUGGUGAUGGUGGUGGUAGUGGUGGCAGUCUCGAUCACCAUCACUACCACCAUCACCAGUUCUUCCCGAGGAGUAAUAAUCAGCAGCAACAUCAGGAACAAGUGAUGAGGACGAGAUUUGAUGUUGGAAACAACAAUGUCGUCUAUGAGUACGAUGUAAACAGUUUAUUCGCAAUGAAUGUUUCUCCAACUGCAAGCAUCGGAGGACAACUGAAUCAUCAGUUUCAGCAACAACCUAGGGCUACGGUUAGGGCUGCUACUGCUAGCGAGGAUGACUGGCGAAAAGCCAUUGGUCCUUCUUAGGGUUUUUACAGCUUCCUUAUUGGAUUGGAUCAACAACAUAACACUACUUCCAAAUCAAACCCCCCUCAU